UGGACAAUAGCAAAUAGCAAUACUCAUUCUUCACUUCCUUCGUUUUUGCUUUCUUUGCUUUCUUUGUUUGUUUUGUAAGGCAAAUUAGACAAUGCAUUAUCAUCAGGCUGAGUCAUGGGGUUACUACAUGCCAGUGAGGAGCAUGGGUGACCCAUUAGAGCGAGUGGUGAGGCUGGCUUCUGAGAGUGCAGUGGUGAUAUUCAGCAUCAGUAGCUGUUGCAUGUGCCACGCAGUGAAGAGGCUUUUCUGUGGGAUGGGUGUGAACCCAACAGUGUAUGAGCUGGACCAAGACCCAAGAGGGAAAGAGAUUGAGAGGGCAUUGAUGAGGUUGCUUGGAAACUCACCCAGUGUGCCUGUGGUUUUCAUUGGAGGGAAGCUAAUUGGUGCUAUGGACCGAGUCAUGGCCUCCCACAUUAAUGGAUCCCUGGUACCACUUCUCAAGGAAGCUGGAGCUCUGUGGCUGUGAUGUGAGUUUCACAACACAAAGUUAGAUGCAAUGCAAUGCAAUGCUAUGCAUGCCCAGAAUGUGGAAUUUUACUACAUACAAAAUGGAAAGAAGAGGAGUACUUUGUUUUAGUCUUAAGCAUAUCCAAUGUUAAAUACAUUAGUGGUGUUAAUUUUUAAUUUUCCUUCUCUAAACUUUUUAUAUAAGAGUUGACGUCUUGAGGCUUCUAACUUUGUGUAAUGGAAGUUGAAAUGGAGUAAUGUAUUUGAAAUGAAUCUCUCCUUUGUAUAGAGAUUAAUGGAAGGUGAAAACUAAG